ACCUAUAAACAUGAUGAGUUUCUUUGGCAUAAUGUAAACGGUAUCUUCCACGAUGAAGCUCACUUCGACCAUAUGUUCGGUGUUGUCUACUGGGGCAUUAGUCUCCGCUUUGCCUCCCAUCGGAUAUGAACGAAGACUAUUCCACGAAGCAAUCAAUAAACGCGGGAUCAAUGGUUCAUCCUCUUCUUGCCUGACGGAUGCUGCACCUACAACAACUGCUCCGAAAUCGAAUGUAUGGGCUCCAAUCUCCGCCGCGGACAAUGCCGCUGUAUGGGACCUACUACACGAUCCUAAGUCCGGCCUCAAUCUUACGCACCCCUCCAAAGCCGUUCUGACCGACAAUUAUGUUUGGUGGAUGGACGCGCUGCCCGUCAACAAAAGCGAUGUGCUUCCUUACCUCGAUGGAGAGGCGCCAAUGCCGCCAAAGUACGCGCGCGCCAUUCUUUUCGAAGGUGGGAAAGAUGCGCCCGAUUCGCAGGAGUACAUGAUCGGUCCUCUCCCUGUUGGUCCUGAGACGUCAAUCGAAAAGCUGGAUUACAUUUACAACGGUGGAAAUGGCGGCUCAGUACCGUUCAAUGCACGAUAUUUUGAUGGCCCACGAAAUAAAGCCAGUGACCCAUUGGUCGCAUCAAUUAUGUCCAAUAUCUCUGACAUAACCGCAGCCUUAUUUCAAGGAGGGGUAUACCAUGGCAGUAACGACAAUCGCACGAAUCUGGUCUUGACUUGGGGCGUUCCAAUGUCGUGGGACGGCACGCAAGCUUUCCGUAACGUCAUGCUUAAGUUUCCUGGACCAGCAAAUUAUCUUACCCCGUUGGACUUCUAUCUGCUCCUAGAUGUAACUGGGACCGAUGCUUCACUAUAUUCCAUGAGGGGUUUCGUUACUGGCGAAAAGUACUAUCCCACCACUGAAGCUCUCAGAGCAGCCUUUGUCGCAGGAGAACUGGCAAUGGAAUAUGACCAGACAUUGGACGCCAGCUGGGCUCUAGUCGAUCACAAACCAGAGAUGGGUGUGCGCGACCUCGAGGAUCGUCUUGCGCCUAGUUCACUCGAAAUCGGUGGAAAGCGCUAUAGAGUGGAUGAGGAGAACCAAUACAUCGAGUACAUGGGCUGGUCCUUCUAUAUGUCUUUCAGUAGGACCUUGGGAAUCAUGUUCUACGACAUCAAGUUCAAAGGCGAGCGGAUAUUGUACGAGCUAUCAAUGCAGGAAGCUAUGGCCCAGUACGGAGGAAACCAACCGAAAGCAGCUGGUACAGUAUACCACGAUACCUAUUACCAACUUGGAACAGAGAUGAGUCCACUCGUUGAAGGAUUCGAUUGUCCUUGGGGAUCGACGUUCUGGAAUUUGUCGCAUUCCACCAACGAAAAGAUCACCACAAAAACCAAUUCCGUUUGCAUUUUCGAAGCUGACAUGAACUUUCCUGUGUCGCGACACCGUUACGGUGCCGACAAUGCUUACGGAUUCGACAAAUUGGGCACGGUCAAGGGUAGUGCGCUGACCCUUCGCGCCAUCGCGACUGUUGGUAACUACGACUACAUGUUCGACUACGUAUUUCACAUGGAUGCGUCAUUCGAGAUUGCAGUUCGGGCAUCAGGUUAUCUUCAAUCGUCCUUCUAUUACCCCAACCAGGGAAAAUGGGGACCACGCAUCCAACAAGCUACACAAGGCUCUCUUCACGACCACAUCAUCACAUUCAAGGGCGACUUCGACAUCGCAGGUACCAAGAACUCUCUCCAGGUUUCCGAACUGAAAGCUGUGAAGCAAUCACAACCAUGGUUUCCGGAGCUUGGCGAAUUCGAGCAAUUGGAGUUGGACGUUUACAACAUGAAGGAAGAGCAGCAGUUCAACUGGGCAGCAAACAACCAGGCCAUGUAUACCAUUAUCAAUACGAACUCUACGAAUAAGUGGGGAACACCGAGAGGCUAUCGCAUUGUUCCCGGAAAGUCCGACAUCCAUCUCUCGACACUCAAGUCGCCGUUUUCUCUGAAGAACAGCGAAUUCGCCAAAUCACACCUAGCGGUGACCCAACAGCACGAUAAUGAGGUCUUCGCCAACAGCGUUCAAAAUCUAAAUCUGCCACAGAAGCCGCAACAAGAUUUCAGUAAAUUCUUUGACGGAGAAAGUGUUGAUGGGGAAGACCUAGUGGUUUGGUUUAACCUCGGCAUGCACCAUUUCACCCGAUCAGAGGAUGUUCCUGUCACAUUAUAUAGCGAAGCGUACAGCAGCAUUUCAUUCGCACCCCAGAACUUCUUUGAUAGGGCGCAAGAUGGGGAUAUUUUGAACAGACGAUGGAUCGAGGUCGACAAAGCGGGCAACAUGACGGUUCAGACGUACGGUGUUGAACUGGAGACCUGUGCUGUACGACUUUCCGAGCCAGCUUCGCACAUUGGCGGCACUGUUGUAACUUAGAUGAUGGCUCGGAGCCCAAACACGACUCCACGAAUGAAAUGAGAUACGGGUAUAUAGAAAGCUAUAAAAUCGCAGUCUUUAUAACAUACUAUACAUUACGGGACUAGCAUGUAGAUGACUCACGAGAACAAAUUUAAAAAGAGAAAGGUUUGGCCCUAACCCCCAUCUCCGACAGACAACAACAACAACAACAGUACGGCUACUACGGUCGCUGAUGGUGCGCUUGCUUGUCGUUAGGCAUAUCACUGGGGACCUGCUGAAACUUCAUGAAGGAUGUAGCAUUGCAGAUCAUCAUCGUUCCAUUCAAGGAAUACUUUUACUAAUGAAUUUUGAGGUUGCAACACUCGUGAUGCUUUGUUUGUCUAUCUACCAGGGAGUGACCAGCUGGAUCAGACAGCUUCGGCUGACCCAUGGUGCUACACAGCGGACCAGCAGCAACUUUCAGCCAACUCUAGCAAUGAUCGAUGCGCGAAUGGCUCAGUAAAUUCACGUGAAUUAAUGAGUCGCUUGUACAAUGUGCCACGUGCCUCUCCUUGGCCGAUGAAAGCGGCCGAAUAAGCCAGGCGGUCCCGCGCACAUAUCAACAUUGCAACCUCUAUUAUGUGUACCAGCUUACUCUUUUC